AGAAAGAUACUGGUCAAGUCUCAAUCUGCCUUCUUUUGUCAUCCUUAAAUAAUCUCAAUAGUUUCUGAAUUUCAAAAAAGUACACAAAACACACCUAUUAUCACACGUACAAUAUAUAUAUACCAAGUGCAUUAAUACACUUGUGUGUGUAUAUGUAAUAUUGUUCCAAGUAGUGCUUUGACACCUAAUAAGACGAUCAAAUCUUUUUGGAGCUCUAAUUGAGGUAGAUAUGGGAGGAGCGGACUGGGGGCCGGUGGCGGUUGCGGUGGUGCUGUUCGUAGUGUUAUCGCCGGGGCUUCUGUUUCAGUUGCCGGCGAGGAGGAGAGUGUUGGAGUGCGGCAACAUGACCACAAGCGGGAUCUCAAUAUUGGUUCAUGCCAUUCUCUUCUUUGCUAUUAUCACGAUUUUGGUCAUCGCCAUUCAAAUUCACAUUCACAUCUAACAUCUUUAUUUUAAUCACCGGCUUAUGUUUGUAGUAUAAACCUAGCUUGGUAUAAUAUUGUUAUCUAUUCAUCUCUCAUGUGCUUGUUUUUCUUUUCAUUUUUAAGAUAAAAGUGUACAAGUUAGCUUGUGAAACUUUACUGAAGAAAAUCAAAAAUAGAGUAAGAGUAGUAUAAAAUACUUGAGAAUAAAUAAAUGUUUGGUUUGCCUCGUUAUCACUUCUUGAUGUUCCCACGAUCGAUCCCUUCAAGAGAAAAUAAUUAAAACGAAAGAUUGCAUUCGUAUCAGCAUUUAUGGCGGAUGAUUGCGAUUAUUAAUGCCUCCUGUAAAACGUGUUUUAUUCUGUUUCUUUUGAAAAUUCUUUCGUCGAAAUGAAUCAUUG